AUGAUGUCCGCGGCCUCUGAGACAAGCUUGACACAGCAGAAACUCUCCACCCUGGCCACCAGUACCAUUAUGUUGUUGGAUCAUGAAGGUAUCUGGAUCAACAAUAUCCUUCCCUUUCUGGGCAUGGGUCAGUAUGCCUUUGCUGGCUGUGUCAACAAGAAACUCAAUCAGCUUUACAAGGGAUUCUGUGCAACUGUCAACAACCCGCCAAAAGUUAAAAAAUACAAGAAAAACACAUCUCAGUGGGUUGUCCCAGCAACAAGCACAGACACUUUUUCAAAUGCUGUGUUUUACAGUUUGCCUUGUGCCAAGUACUGGCUUAAAGAUGAUGCUGGCUACAACUGCAUUGAUCAAGAGAGUGUUUGUUCUUUAAUUGCCAGAACUGGAAGUGUCCCUGUGCUGAAAUGGGCCCGCAGAUUGGGGUACCAAUGGAAUGAAAAAACAUGCUCUGCUGCCACAGAACAUGGUCAAUUUCAAUUGCUAAAAUGGGCUCGUGACAAUGGCUGCCCAUGGAAUUCAGGGACAUGUGCUGGUGCUGCUAAAUGUGGCAAUAUGGAAAUUCUCAAAUGGGUCAGAGCCAAUGGAUGCUUGUGGGAUGCUGAGGCAUGUUCGAAAGCUGCGGCAAGUGGUCAUCUCAGUAUUCUUAUGUGGUUGCAUGAGAACGGUUGUCCCUGGGAUGAAAAGACAUGCCACAAGGCUGCCAAGUAUGGCCAUUUCAAAUUACUGGAAUGGGCCAGGAACAAUGGGACUCAAGGACAUGCUCUUCUGCUGCCAGAUUCGGCCACAUUGCAAUUCUCAAGUGGGCUCAUGAGAACGGAUGUCCAUGGGAUGAAGAGACAUGCUCUUCAGCUGCUCAGGGUGGCCAAUUUGCAAUUCUCCAAUGGGCUCAUGAGAAUGGUUGCCCAUGGAAUUCAUGGACUUGCCGAAUUGCUGCCCGUGGU